AUGCAUUUCUACCAGCUCAUCGCCGCAGCCGCCCUCUUCACCCAGGGCACCUUGGCCGUCGGUAUCAAAACCUACACUGGCCGUGAUUGCACCGGCACUGAACAGACUCUCACUUCCUACAAGGAGAACGGAUUCGGACCAGGCAACGGGCAGAGAAUUGCCUUCUAUGCUCAGCCCAGCUGCUCUCAGGAGUCGUUCAUCUAUGAUACGUACUCUAACAAUGGAGAUUAUUUCCACUCAAAGCAGUGCUAUAAUAUCAAUGGACACUCCCUUGUCCAGUAUGCCCAGGGCGCCAAGCUCUAUUAG